GGACCCGCCCUGCAGUCCUGGGGUUCGUGCUGAGUUGUAGCCUGAGCCUGGGCGGCUGCCGGGAGCCGAGUGGCGAGCGUUGUGCAGCAUUUUGAGAGGGAGAGCAGCCGUAUAACACCCACACACACCUGCUCUUCAGCUCCCUUUCUGCAGAAGUAAAACUGCAUUCAGUUGAGACCUCAAGACUGAGAGGACUCACAAACUAGAAAUCCGUUUACUGUGAAGGUUUAUUGAAGUGAAAAUGUCCAAAAAAAUUCACGGUGGUUCUGUGGUAGAGAUGCAAGGAGAUGAAAUGACUCGAAUCAUUUGGGAAUUGAUUAAAGAAAAACUUAUUUUUCCCUAUGUGGAACUGGAUCUGCAUAGCUAUGACUUAGGCAUAGAGAACCGCGAUGCUACCAAUGACCAAGUGACCAAGGAUGCUGCAGAAGCCAUAAAGAAGUACAAUGUUGGCAUCAAGUGUGCUACCAUCACCCCUGAUGAGAAGAGAGUAGAGGAGUUCAAGCUGAAACAAAUGUGGAAAUCACCAAAUGGCACCAUCCGGAAUAUCCUGGGUGGCACUGUCUUCAGGGAAGCUAUUAUCUGCAAAAAUAUCCCUCGGCUUGUGAGCGGAUGGGUAAAACCCAUCAUCAUUGGUCGUCAUGCAUAUGGGGACCAAUAUAGAGCAACUGAUUUUGUUGUUCCUGGACCUGGAAAAGUAGAGAUAACCUACACGCCAAAUGAUGGAACUCAAAAGGUGACAUAUUUGGUCCAUAACUUUGAAGAGUGUGGCGGUGUUGCAAUGGGGAUGUACAAUCAAGAUAAAUCCAUUGAAGAUUUUGCACACAGUUCCUUCCAGAUGGCUCUGUCAAAGGGCUGGCCUUUGUACCUGAGCACCAAAAACACUAUUCUGAAGAAAUACGACGGGCGCUUUAAAGACAUCUUUCAGGAGAUCUAUGACAAGCAAUACAAAUCCAAAUUUGAGGCCCAGAAUAUAUGGUAUGAGCAUAGGCUCAUUGAUGACAUGGUGGCCCAAGCUAUGAAAUCAGAGGGAGGUUUCAUCUGGGCCUGUAAAAACUAUGAUGGUGAUGUACAGUCUGACUCCGUGGCCCAAGGUUAUGGCUCUCUUGGCAUGAUGACCAGUGUGCUAAUUUGUCCAGAUGGCAAGACUGUGGAAGCAGAGGCUGCCCAUGGGACCGUGACCCGUCACUACCGCAUGCACCAGAAAGGACAGGAGACAUCCACCAACCCCAUUGCUUCCAUUUUUGCCUGGACCAGAGGGCUAGCCCACAGAGCGAAGCUUGAUAACAACACGGAGCUUGCCGUCUUUGCAAAGGCUCUGGAAGAAGUCUGCAUUGAGACCAUUGAGGCUGGCUUCAUGACCAAGGACUUGGCUGCUUGCAUCAAAGGUUUACCCAAUGUGCAGCGUUCUGACUACUUGAAUACAUUCGACUUCAUGGACAAACUUGGAGACAACUUGAAGAUAAAACUAGCUCAGGCCAAACUUUAAGGUCAUUCUUUGGGCUUAAGGCAAGAGUUUUUGGUAAUAACUAGAUCCACAGGUUUACAUUUUUUUAUAACACUCAAGGGUAAAAUUGAAAUCAGUUUUGUAAUUUGUUUAGAAGACAGUUGAUCUUUUCUAUACGUUUAUAGUCAUUUUUUUCUUAUUUACAUAGUUUUUGCCACCUUUGUAUAUGUGGCAGGAAGAUUUUUAAUAAAUCGUAUUUUAUUUUCUGGUAGCAGCCCAGGAAUUCCUUUAGUACUCAUUCAUAUUCACUGUCACUUUUUUUUUCAUGUUCAGAUAUAAAUGACCAAAAUGAAGAGUAUUGAUUACCCCAGUAUUGUAUGAGAGUAAUUCCUUCUGUGCACCUCUGCUCCAUGACUGAGGGCCCUAGGGGUUUGGUGUUCAGGUGUUGUUAUGGGAAGUAGGGUUGUACAUUGAACUUGCAUGUGUUCUGAAUGAAGUACAGAAAUGGUGUACCUAACAUGUGGUGGAGACACAGUAGUCAUUUUGUAAAGAACUUACCAAAUAUGUCUAUUCUGCUGUAUAUCUUUGAGAGAGUUCAGAUUCCAGAAUAAACACCACCUGGAGGUUUGCGCUCUGUCUUUGUCUUCCUCCUCUGGUCUGAUCUAGCCUGGCCCCGGAGUAUGAUGCUACCCUCAACAACAUAUUUCAUCCAUGUGCAAUAAUGUAAGCUGUACCAUUUUUUUUGGACUUCUGCUGACCCAUUUUAUUUCUCUUACAUAAAUGUGAUUUCCUGAGGUUGGUAUUAAACACUAUUCUAGUCCUGUUUUUUGUUUGAACUGUUAAUGUUAAUUAAAAUGAAGUGUUAAUUAC